AUGGAGCUGCUGUUAAAGGAUGAAAGAAAGGAGAUGAAGGAUAUCUUCUUCUUCCUGUUUCUGCUGGUACUGGCAAUCGUGGCAUAUGGUGUGGCCAAACAGGGUAUUCUCAUCCGCAAUGAGCAGCGGUUGGACUGGAUUUUCCAGGGGGUGCUGUACCAGCCGUACCGAAUGAUAUUUGGCGAAAUCCCGACUGAUAUCAGUUAUUCAGGUUUUGAUCUAAGCCAGUGCACGGUGAACGGCAGUGACCCCUACAAGCCUAUGUGUCCUGAGCAUGACAGUGAGAACACUCCCAACUUCCCAGAGUGGUUAACCACCAUCCUGCUAUGUCUGUACCUGCUUUUCAGCAACAUUCUCCUGCUCAAUCUUUUAAUUGCAAUGUUCAACUACACCUUCCAAGUGGUCCAGGACAAUACAGAUAUAAUCUGGAAGUUUCAGAGGUAUCCCUUAAUUGAGGAAUAUUACUGCCGUCCACCUGCACCCCCUCCCUUCAUCAUAUUCAGUCACAUCUUUCUCUUAAUUGAACAAUUAGCCCAGAGGAAACCGAGAUGGAAGCACAAGAAAUUCAUGAAGUGUACGUUCAGAUUUGAGUCAUGGUCUCUUCGAGUCAAGACCCUGAACAAAUUCAGCGAGAAACGUCAGUCGUUUUUAGCCAGGGCUCUGGAAUCAGACGAGUUGAACGAUGCCAUUAUUGGUGCCGCCCCUUCAUCGGACCUCAGCGCCGCCAAACAAGCUCCUAUUUCCAACUUCGGCAGUUCUUUGCUGCUGGUUAGCUUGAACGUCGUUUGGGAUAAAAUAGGUUUCCUGCUUCUGAAAACCAGUCAGCAGUGCUGCGGUCACGAAAGACUAGCAAAGGCGAACUUGCAAUCCCUGACUUGGGAUCGAACCAAGGCCGUGGUGGUGAAAGCACCAAAUUCGAACUAUUUCACUACAAUGGAAGGCACAGGGAUUCUCGUUGAAUGA